UCGUCAAUUUUUCUGGCGAAUUCAAUAUGUGCAGAAAACAUCACUCUGAAAAAUGGUACAAAAUUAAACAUUAGUUUGUAUAGAAAAUUCGUCAUCAGAGAAUAUGUUGAAAGAUCCAAUUUGGAGGAACAACUCAUUUACCUACAAAACGGUUAUUUUGUGGUUAGAUAUGGUCGUAAAAAAUACAAUUUCAAACUCUUUAAUAAUGUUGAAGCUUUAACAGCUGAGAGUCAUAUUUCAACACUUAGAUAUUUACAACGAUGCUUUCUCAAGAGGAUCAAGCAAACUAAAGAUUCAUAUGUUUAUUCCCAUGUCAACAAACUUUUGGUAUGUAAACAAAUAGAAUUUGAAACAACCGAGUUUAACAUACGAUUCUCCAAGUUAAUUGUACUUUCAACAAAGAUCGAAUUGGAUUAUGAUGAGUAUGCAAUAAUGUCUUCAGGCAAAGCUAGGAUAUGUCUGGAAACCUUCAGAAAAAUGUUGACCGAAGACACACCUGAAGGAAGAAAUGUAUGGGGAAUUAUUGAGGUGACGUGUUCUUGCACAUCUCUAGUAUGUUUAGUAGUCACAUUUAUUACAUACUGUGUUUUCCCUACUUUAAGGACUUUACCUGGUAAAAUCAAUAUGUGUUUAGUCUUUGCAACGUUUCAUGGUCAUGGUUUGUUCUAUUUCAUUUUGUAUGGAUCAAGGUCACACGUAGCGUGUAUGAUUAUUGGAACGUUAGUACACUACUUUUGGUUGGUUAUCUUUGGUUGCUUGAAUGUUUGCUCGUUUCACAUGUAUCAAGCUUUCACAAGCGAAAAAGUAGUAGUUUUUUCAGAGGUCAAACGAUUAUGUAUAUACAUAGCAUAUUCUUAUGGGGUACCAUCGAUUAUAGUGUCAUCAAACGUUUUAUUCACAUAUAUAUAUUCAGAUAAAAAAACCUUCGGAUAUGUCGGUGACAUUUGCUUCUUGAACCAUCAACUGUCAUUCGUAUUUUCAUUCAUUGUUCCUAUCACUCUUGUUUGUUGUUCCAACUUGUUUUUCUUUACAACAACAGUUAUGCAAAUCGUUAAGAGACCAAAACUAGAGAAUGAAAGACAAAUUAAAUUAAACCGAUUACAUGUAGCUAUUUAUCUGAAAUUGUUUUCUGUGACAGGUAUUUCUUGGUUAUUGCAGAUCAUUGAUACAUUCCUUCCAAUGUCUGUGUUCUCAAGAAUUGUUUCAGGUCUGAAUGGUUUGCAAGGUAUAUUUAUCUUUUGGUCCUUUAUUUGUAACAAACGUGUUUUUAAUCUAUAUUUGAAAAGCUGUAGAUCAAAUCUAAAUAAAACUGUCAAGGAAAUAGCGGGUAAAUCGGAACAGGAAACAAAUAGCAUUGAAUUAACAACAUCAAAACAAGAAGAGUAACAUAGCAUGCUAAUAUCCUUAUUUAAGUAAUAUCAUUGUAUAUUACUUGAUGCAUUUACCACAUGAGACUUAACAUCGAAUGUGUACUCACCCUGUACAACGUGACGGCUGCUCCUAAUGGAGCAGAUGGUCAAAUCAGGAAUAUGACUGUUGUUAUCCAUUCGUUUGAUGUGUUUGAGCUUUUGAUUUUGCCAUUUGAUAAGGGACUUUUCGUUUUGAAUUUUCCUUGGAGUUCGGUCUUUUUGUUAUUUUACUUCCGGAGCACCUGACAUCACCUCGAGUUAUAGCGAGUUUCAUGUUGCCAAGUGUUUAGUUUUCUAUGUAGCGUUUUAUAAACUUGUUUGUCUGUUCGUGGUCUUUCUGUUAUUUUCAUGGCGUUGUCAAUUUCUCUUUAUAGUGUGUUUGCUGAUAUAUGCUUCUCUUUUUAAUGCAUUAUAGUAUAUAACCUCCAACCAUUGGGAUCGAUAGUUGAGUAUUGCUCAGUUAGUAAAGCUGUAGCUGUUUGUGAUAAGAGAAGAAAAUAAAUCGUUUUUCGUGUAUUACAAUUAUUUUUUGCAAACAAUAAAAAAAAAGAGAUUACAUAAAAUGAUUGAUUUAUUAUCACAAAGCUCGAUGCAUACUUUAUUACUGAGUCGGUAGUCCAAACGACCAGUAAUUCAAUUUUAAGGUCAUAUAAAUUAUCUCUUCUUGCAAAAUUUCAAAAUUCUUUUGGUUUUCAGAAAAUGAAAUCAUCUUUAGUAACUGGAAGAUGGCAUACUGUUCCAUGAUUGGAGCGUGUCUGCAACAUUUUCAAAGGGCUGAUAGAAAAUGAAUGUCAUUACUUAUUUGUCUGUUCAAAUACAGUAUUAGCAUCCUCAGAGCAAAAUACAUUUCUGAAUACUAUUGUAUGUAGGAAAAAAAACGGAGUUCAAGCUCAAAGGUUUUUUGUGUACUUUACCGGCAUUGAGUAACGUUUCUUACUUUCAAAAUUUGUAAAUUCAUAUAACUUACAUUUAAAAUAUAUAAUACUACAGCCAAGUGUGUCUUAAUAUAUAUGUUGUGUGUCUUUUAUUUAUUCAUAAUUGUCGGGUCAUUUGUAUAUUUGUGUGGUUAUUGUUUGUAAUUCGUGCUUAAUUCAACACUUUUUGUUUGUUAUUGUAAUGUGUAUGUUAUUGUCUGCCUUUUCUAACAACGUUAACUGUCUAAUAAACUCAUCAUAGAUACCAA